AUGGACUGUGUUGUGUUGCUGCUGGUGUGUGUUGCUCCGGUGGUCCAGGGCUAUGGCUCAGGUCUAGUAACAGACAGCUGUCAAGACAUGCGACCCCACCACUCUGGGCUGAGCCCACAGACAAAAGCUCCAGCCUUCACCGUCACUACCGACCGCAGCAGCUACAGCCUCAGAGAGCAGGUGAAAGUUCUGCUCCAGGCUCCAGCCUCCACACCAUUCAUUGGUUUCUUGUUGGAGGCUAGAGAGGUGGGGGGCCAGUCUCCUGUGGGCACCUUCACUGAGACAUCAGGGAAUGCUCAGCAACUCACCUGCAGCCAGAAACCUAACUCAGCUGUAUCCCACAGAUCAAGUUCUAGUAAGACCUCCGUUCAGGUGACAUGGACAUCAGAAGCGACAGCAAACUCAAAACCAAUUCAGUUCCAUGCAUCCUUCGUGCAGGAUUUCAAGACCUUCUGGGUUGAUGUUACAAGUCCUGCCCUGACCUUCAUUAAUACCGGAACUGGUGGAAGUCCCCCCAUUACACCAACAAUAACCGGUUCCACGACUACGCCAAUAACAUCAUCUAAAAUACAACAACCUGAUAGCUCCGUUCUAUGUAUUACCGAGCAAGAAGGAGCUGGUGUUCCAUAUAUGGGCAUAGCAACGGUCCAGCAAUGGCUCAGUCUGCCUGUUCUGCCCAGCAACAACAACAGCCUGGUAACAUGCUUCAGGUCUUGGCCAAUCAGAAAACAGUGGGCCAUCGCUAUUGGGUUUACCCCUACACGUGCCUGCGCGGCACUGAUACAUUUUGUCUACGGCCACCCACAGCGUGGGCCUGUCCUACGUCCACACCUUGUAUAUAAACAACGGUGUGCAGCGUCUGUCACAUGGGCUACAUCAUGCCCGGGGAUCUCCAUCCUCGCUGCGAGGCGUGUCUCGGCCCGGAGCACUCACUCCCAGCUCACAAUGCCGUUCUGCGCCCUCCUCACCCCCGAUGACCGGCUGCCCGAUGAUUUCACCGUUCAGCAGGAAGAGGUGUGGAAGCCCACUCACUCCUUGGAUGAAGUCCUCAGCCUGCUGUUGCCAGUCGUCCUCCUCUUCUGUCCACGGGUCUCCCAGUGGCUCGACGUUCUCCCUGUCCCCGGCGAUUGCCGACCCCGAGCAAAACAAAAAGAGCUGGAAGCGGAUCAUUCAGCUCUGUCUGUUUCAUGCAUCUCUCCAACAGGACAAAUCCAGAUCCAUACAGAUACCUUCAUCAGCCCUGACAAGGUUGACAUUUCCACACCUCAGCUUGUUGGAAAGGAUGGAUGUCCCGAUAUCCUCAAAGCACAUGGAUCACUGAUGCUGAUAGCCUGGAUGACCACAGGAUCAUUGGGAAUGUUGGUUGCUCGGUAUCUGAAAGGAAUGGCCAAAGGACAGAACCUGUGCGGGAAAGAUGUCUGGUUUCUGGUCCAUGUUGCAGUGAUGAGUGUAACGGUAUCUGCCAACAUUGUUGCCUUCAUCCUCCCCUUCUCAUACGCCAAGGACUGGUCUGGGGGAGCCCAUCCUGUUUUAGGCUGCCUGGUUGUGAUCCUCAUGUUCCUCCAGCUCCUACUGGCUCUGCUUCGCUGUGGACCACAACAUCCACAGAGGUUUCUAUUCAACUGGUCACAUGCUUUAAAUGGAUUGGCAAUAAAAGCUUUAUCUGUGGCGGCCAUAUUAACUGGCCUGAAGUUAAUCGACAGCACUCUGGACCAAUGGCUGACGAAAGUGAUGGGUGGCUGUGUUGGCUGGGAGGUGUUGUUCUUUAUCCUGUUUGAGGUCCAUGGGAGAUGGAAGGUUAACAGUACCGAUACUUUGGAACCAAAAAGGAUAACAGUUGAUGUCCCAUUGAUGGUUCUGUUCUUCCUGGGAAACUUGACCUUUGUUGUGGCAUUGUUGGUUGGAAUUGGGACAGCAUAAGAAGAGAAUGAAGAAUGAUGGAGGAAAAACAACCUGCCAAAGCAUUUCUAUUAUUAUAGACCAUGAAUUUGCCAAACUGAUGCAUCGAUAUAAAAAUUUUUUUAUUGAAGUGCUUUAACAUUUUCAUUAACUGUCUAAUUUGUAAGAUUUAAAUGUAGAUGUGAAUAGUUGUACUCUGUAAACAUUUAGUUAACUCACAACUAAUAUGAAGGUUAUGUAAACAUGCGUAUGCUUAUAAAUAUGUAAGUAGAUAAUCUCAGAGAUGAUAUGCAACAUCUCUACUAUAAUUUUAAGUUAUAGUAUAAAGUUAUUAUACUCACCACUUAUUGUUAAGUAAUGUUGUUUCUUGUAUUUUGAUUUUGACAUGAGUUUCUUUUAAUAUUUUGUCUCCAGACACCAGAUGUUUAUUUUGAGCCUUAUUUAUAUUCACGACUAUAAAAGGUUAAGCAGUCAUUCCUUUGCAGCAGCUCUUCAAAACACAUUUCUGAAUGACAAAACACCAAUAAUUCGUUAAGUACAAAAUUAAAAUGCUUCUUUCUAUAUAUUUUCUCCACACAGCAUAUAUUUAGCAUAUACAUAUACAGACAGAUGUUGCUGUUUCUUUGAGCUACACUUGUGAAGUUAACAUUUGUGGUGAGAUUUAUCAGUGGUCUUUCAGUGAAUUUUACCUCUCAUUAAGAGAAGCUCUUGUCUCAUAGGCAUAGGGCAGCAAGUAGAUUUAUUAAUUUUUUUUUUAAAUAUUAUAACUUGAGUUUCUUUUCCUACUUUUUUUCCUAGGAGACAGAUGUCAAGUUUAUUUUUAAAAAGCUAUCAGAAAAUAAACUGGUAACUGGUAAAGGGGUAAAUGAGGAACAUUUUAUGAAUACAAAAGACAAAAUUAUUUUUUAAUACCUUGUCUCAAUUUCCCUCAAACACACUGCAACUGCUCACACCCUCUGGAAUAGUGUAGUGUUUGAUUUCUAGGUAGCUUAUUUGAAAGGUAAAAUGUCUAUCUAGGGAUAAAUUUGGAUUUCACGACUUUUGUUGAUGGCUUUUUCCCAGUAAUUAAAAGCAAUAAAUACAAUAAAUGUAAAGUAAAUUUGGGUAACAGCUGGGUUUACAUUGGGUGAUAUUUGUAAUCAAGAUAUUCAAUUAAAAAGUUCUCAAAACCUCUUUAUAGAAAUGAUCAGAGCAACUUGAGCUGCGUACACAGAAACAUACAUUAGUGAUAUGGAAUGCAGCAGCAGCUGUAUGUUUUCAAUACAAAAUAGAGUUUAGCACCUACAUUUGUCUCUUUAUUCAAAAUUUGUAAUUUUCAAGGACAGUAAGCAGGAACAGGUUAAUUGAUGAAACAGAUCCACUUUCAUCACAAACUGAAAAACUUUGUAUUUAACUGAUAAAACACACAAUGUUUUUUAAGAGUAAGGCCUAAUGGAAUAUGAACGAAAACAAUUUCACUUCAGUUUCAUGUCUUGUGUUUUUAAGACAAAUAACUGCAAAAUGUGUCUUUUUGUACAGAGUGCUACUAAAAGCAAGUAGACAAGUGGCAUAUUGUUCAGCAUCAAUGCUUUGUCAAGAGACAACUGUAAUUAUACCAAUAUCUAAUCAUCAAUGUUCCAUGUGCUAAUCACUUUAUCACAACAUUAACUGAAAUUUGUGGUGAUAACCAAGUAGUAACACUUGUGUUGUCAGUCUGCAGAUGUCUUAAAUAUAUCAUGUUUUGUAUGUGUAUGUGUGUGUGUGUGUGUGUGUUGAUGCAUGUUUAACCCCUGUUGUUCUGCAAGUCUAUAAGACUCUUAUUGUACUCUGACACUUGUUGGAGGACGCUCUUGGCCACUGAGUCGUAGUCACUCUCCUGAGUUUUCGAGGCGAUGACUGAUGCUGCAGUUAAGGAAAGGUCACUGGUCACUUGUGUAACCAAUGGGUGGCUUUUACAAGGACAAAUCACAGAACUGUUAUCUUUUUGAGUGGCAACACUGCACUUCCUGUCACACACAGACAAAAACUAGGUAAUGAAGAGAUAAAGACACCGACAUCAGAAGGAUACACUCUUUCAUUACAAAGUUGUUCUGCUCCAAGUGUUGCCAUUUCCUCUCAAGGUUAGCCAGCUAAAACACACAGGAACAAAAACACAAGAUUAGGAUGAGCAGAAUAACACACAAGGUCUGUAACAACCUACAAUGGUUCAAUUGCCUUGCAACAGGGGCCUUUCAACAGUAUGUACUAAGGAAGGAAUGCACAUGUUUUCUACUGUACUGACCGUCCAGUCACAACACCACUUUUGUGACUAUUGUAAAUAUUGAGAAUAUUAUUAGCAGAGGAUGAGAGUCAGGUUAAAUGUUUUAUACACUGCAGGAAGUCAGAAAUCCUUACAUACAAAGUAUAUUUGAAGUUUUGAUCACUGCAGCAACGUGUUUGAAGUCAUGGCAGAGUGGCAUCUGAACUAUGAAAAAUAAAUGCUAUCCACUUGCUACACUA